GAAUCAACAUUUGCUCUACUUUGAAGGUAAAUUUAAUGAUAAAAAGCGAAAUUUGUUAUCAUGGCCGCCAGGAGUCGCUGCUGCACGGCCUGUAAUGUAAUCUGACCCGAAGUGACCUCACUUAGUAUUCUGUAUUCGCGCGGGAAAAUGGCGGACUACAUGAAGAUAUCGGACGAUGAGAAGGGGUACGACCUCUCCAUGUUCUGUAUCCCCAAACACUACGAGGACGACCUUGAGCGGGUUUACAUUCCGCAUGGACUUAUCAUGGACAGAACGGAGAGACUGGCGCGGAACAUCGUGAGUGACUUUGGUUACGAGGAGCCUAUCGUGGCCCUGUGUGUUCUGAAAGGAGGGUACCGGUUCUUCGGAGACCUGCUGAACUACAUCAGCGCGCUGAACCGGACGUCAGACCGGUCCUUCCAGAUGAGCGUGGACUUCAUCCGGCUCAAGAGCUACCAGAAUGACAAGCAGACUGGGAAGAUCCAAGUCAUCGGAGGAGACAACUUGGAGAACUUAAGGGGCAAGAAUGUUAUGAUUGUAGAGGAUAUCAUCGACACAGGGAGAACUAUGCUAAAACUGCUGGAUCUUGUGAAGGAUUAUGAGCCAAAGAAAGUCCGAGUAGUCAGUUUACUGGUGAAAAGAACACCACACAGUGUGGGAUACAGGCCUGACUACAUCGGUUUCGAGGUGCCCGACAAGUUUGUGGUUGGUUAUGCCCUGGACUUCAAUGAGUUCUUCCGGGACCUCAAUCAUGUUUGCGUCAUCAAUGAAAAGGGAAAAGAAAAGUACGCCAUCCCUAAAAGCGCCUGAGGAAGGCCCUGCCCACUGCACCCAUCCCCAUCCCCAUAGCAACCAUCACCAUAACAACCAUCACCAUAACAACCAUCGCCAUAGCAACCAAGUUUCCACCUGGUCACAGGACUGCACCAAGCUGUCAAGCUCUCACCAUGACAACCAAAGAUGCGGCCACGCCCAGAAAACCCCGGAAGCAGCAGCGAAGACGUUGAUUUCGAGAAGGACCAACUUUUUCCACAUCGGCAUCACGGCGGGAAGCAGAGCGGUCGCGAACGUUCGUAGCCGCCAGGUUAGAAUAAUCAGCCCCAACCAGCAGAUAUCCAUCAUCACGCCCAAACGGCAGAUCAGAAUAGUUAGCCCGAGAUCCGUAGAUAGCGUUACGCGUAGAAGCAAGGAGGAGUCUGAGGUACAGAGGACUGUGGUGAUCCAACCGAGGCAGAGUGUGAGGAUUGUGAAGCAGAAUUGUCAGGCGGCGGAGGAGAGCGGAACUAGGAACGGAGGCGUGUCGUACAGGUUCGUGAGGAAGGCGUCGAACGUCACGAGAUUCACGAAAGAAACGAGACAGUGCGGAGGCGGGAGCGUCGUCAUGCGGUACCCGUGGGGGAAGGUGAACAUCACGCGUACGGGCGGACAGACGCGGAAUAUCGUGUUAAACGACAAUAGAACUGACGAUUGCUCCGUUGUCAAGUGUACUAAUAAUCAUGACGAGACUGCAGAUGUAGGGAGGGAAACAGAGUCACAGAGAACUGUAGAAAGACUAGAGGAAGGGAGGGGAGAAAAUGUUGUAAACAGUGACAGUACGGUACAGAGAAGAAGAACGGGUAGAACGCAGGGUGGGCCGAGAUUUGUGUCCGUCAUGUACUUUCAGACAACGUCUUGUAAGCACAGAGGAAGGAAAGUGAAACACGGGUCUUGAAGGGUCACUUUCACUUGAAGACAUUAGAAUUAGCUAGGUUGGAUCCAUACAAGUUCUGGGACAGAAUAUAUGACAUAUUGAGGCAUCCGCUUACACCACAGAGAAAGUUUGAGUUUUCCUUA